AGAGCAGAUAAAAAAAAAAAGUCGAGAGCACGAGCAGGCAGAGUCAGAGUCAGAGUUUGACUGCAUCCACUCCAGUCGACACACACUUCCAUAAGCUAAUGGAUGCUUCCCGGCUGCUCCUCCUUGUUGUCGUGGUGAUAUCCACAUCUGAAUGGAAGUCAGAGGCAAGCGGCUGUGUGGACUUGGCCAAGAAGAAAUAUAACCUCCUUGAAGGUGAAGCAUUUUAUAUUGUGCCUUUUCAUGUGACCGAGCCGAACGAUGGAGAGUUCACGUGGUUCAAAAGUAGCCCCCAGUCCAGGAAUAUUUCCUCUAAAGAGACUGAGAGGGUGCAUUAUCAUGGUGGAGCGCUCUUUUUCUUUGACAUCCUCCCCACUGAUGCUGGAAAUUACACUUGCCAGAAAAUCAGUCCAGCAGGUGAAUGUUAUAACCGUCACGUUGAAAUCCGUGUCUUCAAUACGAGCUUUCGAGCAGAUAAAAAACUCACCUAUGGAGAAAUCAAAAACUCUGAUGAUAACAAAAAGAUCCAUUGUCCAAUUGCUGACACAUGUAAAGCACUGACAGGAAACUUCACCUGGUACAAGGACUUCAUUCUUCUACCAGAUGAGCAUGAAGCUUUCAUGUGGGUGGAGAAUGCCAUCAAAGAGGAUGAGGGCAUCUACACCUGCGUCUGCACCUGGAGACACAAUCACAAGUUGUACAACUCAUCAGGCUCCCGGAGGUUAAUAAUUAAGGAAAAAAACAUCUUCAGUAAUGCAGAUAUCCUCUCUCCGACCAACAAAGUACAGUUUGCUGAUGAAGGCCAUGAAAUCAAGUUAAAUUGCUCAGUUUAUUGUGGGAAAAACGCAAGACGUGAGUGUCAUGCCAGCUGGAGUAUUAAUGGAAUCCCUGUCAUCAACAUUGACUCGAAUAGAUACAAUCAGACCACCAACUUAGUUAUGGAGAACCCUUCAAAGAAUACCAUCGCCACUUCAAUCCUGACUAUUAAAAAAGUGUCUGCCAAAGAUUUCGAGGACAAGUUUGAGUGCUUCGUCACUAACUUUUACCGGGGAAACAAAGCGACUUUAACCCUUCAGCGGAGAGCAUCUAUAAUUCCACUGGUCAUUGGAGGAGUGUGUGUGUUGUUCUUCUGUGUCUUUGCCGCCAUGCUGGUCAAGUUCUUUGCCAUCGAUCUGGCUCUCUUCUUCAGACCUUACCUCCCACUGAGCAAACACAAUGACGAUAAGAGGAUCUACGACGCCUAUGUGGUCUAUCAGAUGCAGAAAAAGGACAAGGCCACCGAAGAAACGCUGUCUCGGUUUGUCACAACAAUUUUGCCAUCCGUCCUUGAGAAUAAGUGUGGAUAUCGACUCUUCAUCCACGGGAGAGAUGAUAUACCAGGAGAAGAUCGCCUGGAGCUGGUGGAGGACCGCAUGAAGCAGAGCAGGAGGCUGAUGGUCAUCCUCACCCCUGGUUCAGAAUCAGGGCCUGAAAUCACAGACCAAUCUCCAGCCUCACCCCAAACUGCGGUAUUAGGAGGGUUCGACUGGCAGGUUGGGCUCCAUCACGCACUGAUCCAGAGGGAGAUGAGUGUGAUUCUGAUCCAGCUGGGGGACACUGGCCCACAAGGAUACACUAACUUCCCCCUCGGCCUGCAGCACCUGAUCCUUAAGAGCGCCCCCUUGAGGUGGCCGGAGAGCUCGCGGCGCGCUGCAGCCUGGAACUCCCACUUCUGGAAGAGGGUUCGAUACCUGAUGCCUGUCACGCCAGCCAAAAAACACAUGCAGUCUGCAAUUGUCUGAAACUGUGUGAAAUCUUAUAGUAAAUGAGUAGGAAAAGAAAUAAAAACUGAGAAAAUGAGGUUUAUUUGUACACCAUCAGUCAAAAGUCUGGACACACCUUCUCAUUCAAUGCUUUUUAAUUAUUUUGUACAUUGUAAAAUAAUACUGAAGACAUCAACACUAUAUAAGAACACAUAUGGAAUUAUGCUGUAAAUAAAAAAGUGUUAAUCUCUAUUUAAGCAUUAAUCUACAAUGUAGAGAAUAAUACAAAUAAAUAAAAGCUGUUAAAGGAGAAGGUGUGUCCAAACUUUUCACUGGCAGUUUAUGUGUUAGAAUGACGCACAGACAGAGAAACAGUUUACUGGAGUUUACUGUGAAUUUUUUUCUUAUGUUGCUUUUCAAAAAAAAAAAGACAACAUACAAAUUCAAACACAACAUGCAUAUAAAUAUGAACAGGAUAAGAAUGUGUUCAGCAGAAGUUACUGUAAUGUUAAAAAGAGAAGAGAUUUGUCGACAUGUAAAAGUGUAAAGCAUCUGUGACACGAUCCACAGCAUUAAAAACUGCUUCCAGAUAUUUAUGCUGCUGCCUGAGCAGCCUCAGGGGUAUCUUAGAAGAAAUAUAUGACAAGCAAAUAGAAGAUGUGUUUGCCUGCUCAGUUAACUGUUUUUGCAAUUUCAGAAAGACAAUUUUGGGGGGUGUUUACUUUGUUUUUCCAGAUGCUGUUUUGAUAUUUUUCUACUCAAAAGAUUUCCUAGCGUUUACUUUUAUGUCACUUUAUCACUGUUUGUAUGAAUUAAGUACUACAUACUACAAAUGCUGGUAAUUCCUGUCUUUACUGUUAGUUUAUUGUCAUUAUUAAAUAAGUAGAAAUGUAUUAUACAGUGUUUGUCCAGUAGAGGGAGACAAAGGUCCUUUAGAAAGAUGGUUUUAUUUGAGCAGCAUUCCUGUUCUGGCAGCUUCAGUGGUGGAAAAAGAACUCAGAUCCUUAAUUUAAGGAAAAACAGCAGUACCACACUGUAAAAAAUACUGCCCCGCAAGUAAAAGUCCUGGUUUUACACCUUAGGUAAGUAAUAGUAUGUAAAUAUUAUAUAUAUAUUUUUAAAAACUAUUAAAAAAUGAAAAUCUUUUGAGCACACAUGUUCCCCGUCAAUGUUUAAUUAUUACAAAUGAUCUUUUUGGAUUAAUAUAUUAAUAUUAUUGCUUCAUUAAUGUAUUUGUUGCAUUUUGCUGCUGUAAGUUUACUCUAAAAUGUAACAUUUGGGCUCAAAAUUAGCAGUAAUACAGUCUGAAAAUACCCCAUUACAAGUAAAAGUCUUAGUUUCACACUUCAAUUAAGUAAUUUGAAGUAAGUUUUUAUAAUGUGCCCAAAGUAUCCAAAAAUGAAAGUAUUUUGGUCAUAAAUGUUCCCUGUCAUUGUUUAACUAUUAGAUAUGAGAUUUCUAGAUUGUUAUUACUGCUGUUUUAAUGUUGUACAUUGCAUUUUACUGCUGAAUAGCAUUUGGGGUCAAUAAAAAAUAUUAACAGUU